UCUUGUGGGAAACAAAAACGACAAGAUUUGUGCUUAUAAGAAAAUGCAACGACACAAUUUGUGGCUGUGGGAAAUCCAAACGGCACGCGAUGUGCCUCUGAGACACUGAAACGGAUAGGAUUAACUAUGAGCCCUUCAUUAUUCUGAAGAGAUAACACUAUACAAGUCUCACUCUAUCUUCUUCCUCUUCAACAAUCCACCAAAAAUUCAAACCCUAGCUUCUCGAUUCCAUGGCGAUAUCAUCUCCCGCCGCUUGUUCCUCUAGGCUCAUCACUUCCUACUCCACCCCUUCCCUCCCUCUCUCCCCCGCCGCCAUUUCCACCUCCACCAAACUCAAAGCCCUAAACCUCUCCUCCUCCUUCCUCCCUCCACACUCAUUCACCACCCCAUCCUCCACCCUUCCCCAAUCCACCCGCCGCUCCUUCACCGUACGCGCGGCACGUGGCAAAUUCGAGAGAAAAAAACCUCACGUGAACAUCGGAACAAUCGGACACGUGGACCACGGCAAAACCACCCUAACCGCCGCCCUCACCAUGGCCCUCGCCUCCAUGGGAAACAGCGUCGCCAAAAAGUACGACGAGAUCGACGCCGCGCCCGAGGAGAGAGCCCGCGGAAUCACGAUCAACACCGCCACCGUCGAGUACGAGACCGAGAACCGCCACUACGCCCACGUGGACUGCCCCGGCCACGCCGAUUACGUCAAGAACAUGAUCACCGGAGCCGCGCAGAUGGACGGAGCCAUCCUCGUCGUCUCCGGCGCCGACGGACCUAUGCCGCAGACCAAAGAGCACAUCCUCCUCGCUAAGCAGGUCGGCGUCCCGGACAUGGUCGUCUUCCUCAACAAAGAGGAUCAGGUCGACGACGCGGAGCUGCUUGAGCUUGUGGAGCUUGAGGUCCGUGAGCUUCUCUCCUCUUACGAGUUCAACGGCGACGAUAUCCCGAUUAUCUCCGGAUCCGCGUUGUUAGCUGUGGAGACGCUUACGGAGAAUCCUAACGUGAAGCGUGGUGAUAACAAGUGGGUGGAUAAGAUCUACGAGCUCAUGGACGCCGUUGAUAGCUACAUCCCUAUCCCUCAGAGACAGACUGAGUUGCCUUUCUUGUUAGCUGUUGAAGAUGUGUUUUCCAUCACCGGACGUGGGACUGUAGCCACCGGGAGGGUUGAGAGAGGUACGGUGAAGGUUGGAGAGACUGUUGAUUUAGUUGGUUUGAGAGAGACUAGGAACUAUACUGUUACUGGUGUUGAGAUGUUUCAGAAGAUUCUUGACGAGGCCUUAGCUGGUGACAAUGUGGGGUUGUUGCUUAGGGGUAUUCAAAAGGCUGAUAUUCAGAGGGGGAUGGUGUUGGCUAAGCCUGGGAGUAUUACUCCGCAUACUAAGUUUGAGGCGAUUGUGUAUGUGUUGAAGAAGGAAGAAGGUGGGAGGCAUUCUCCGUUUUUCGCGGGGUAUAGGCCUCAGUUUUACAUGAGGACGACUGAUGUCACGGGGAAAGUGACCAAGAUUAUGAAUGAUAAAGAUGAAGAGUCGAAGAUGGUUAUGCCUGGGGAUAGGGUGAAGAUUGUUGUGGAGCUUAUUGUGCCUGUGGCUUGUGAGCAGGGGAUGAGGUUUGCUAUUAGAGAAGGAGGGAAGACUGUUGGUGCUGGUGUUAUUCAGUCUAUCAUCGAAUGAUUGUUGUAGCAUAUCUCUAUCUACUUGUUUUUGUUUUUGUUUCACAGAACUCUGUUGAGUUUUUACAUUCAAAUCAAUGUCAUAUAAUUCUUGA